AUGUCUCAACCGGCCGACAACUUUGUUUUUGCCGAAUUCCUUGACGUUUGGGGCCCUCAGACAUCGAAACCGAGCCCUCCCUUGACCCCGCCUCCAGCUCAGACACCCAGGCCAUCGUCAGUGGAGAGCCUGUCGUCAGGAUACUCAUCCUGCGACGAAACUUCGCGAUCUUACACGCCCUGGUCAACGGCGUCCUCUCCCGUCCAGCAAGGCCAAUUUUACCCGGCACAAACCGGGUUUUAUGGACAAAUGACGACGUAUUAUGUGAGUUUACAAUUUCCGCUGGUUUUUUUUCAAUCCAAAUAUAUUUUUUUUAAUUUAAUUAUCAGUCAUCAAAUUUUUUUGUCAUCAAUUUUUCGACUAUUUAAUUUUUAAUUUUGAUUUUUCAGCCACAAUUUUACCCAUGUCAGCCUCCGUCAUACAUCCAAGGUCAACUUCAAUAUCCAGCUCAGCCCUCAUUUUAUGGGCAACAUCCACAAAUGCCCUAUGGAAUGCAGCCUCAGCGUCAAAGGCAUUUCUGCCAACCUCAGCCCGAUUACGACGUGUGCUUUUGCUAUCAAUGUAUGCAAAAAUCUAGAAAGUCUUACAGAAAACACUAAUAAUUUUUCCUUUGUGUUUGACCUCCGGUGAAUGCUUAAUAUGAUUUUCACAUUGUUUUAACUUUUUUUCACGUUGUUUCGAAUAUUAUGGCUUUUUAGUAAAUAUUAAUAUGCAAAUUUAUGGAGACUCUGAUUUAAAAUUAUUUUACGCUUAUCAUACUAAAAAUAGACACAAAUUUUUUUCGUCAAUAUCCACUGUUUAAAUUUUAACCUGACAAGUUGCAUGGCUUUUUCGAACGUAGAGGGCGGUAAUAUUUCAACAAAAAUCGUUUUUUUUCCGCCAAAACUGCCAAAGAUAUGGCCAAAAAACUGUUUUUCUCUGUGACGGUCUCAGCGUUGCGCAUGCUCUAUGGGCUGCAAAGAUUGUUGAGUUCCUCGGCUGCGCGUGCAAUGAUUAUUCCAAAUAAGACUUGUCCGAGUUUGAUCUGUAGCCUAUGAGCAAAAUAGGUGCAAAAUUUUAAAGAAAUCUGAGCGUCGCUGAAGCGAAAAGCAGUUUGAUUUUGUCGCGUUACAAAUUUAUUUUCUCGGCGGCGAUGCUCUUCGACGCAACAGGAUUCUCAUUGUUUUCCUGACAGACUGAUACAGCGUUCAAAACUUUUCUCAGACUAGAACAGAACCUACAACAACUGAUAAAACGUUUAAAAUAAAUGAAACGUGAACCAAAAUUUCCUUUCUACCCUUGUGGAGUUUCAAACUAUCAACAGGGGAAAUACUUCUAACGCAACGCUUAGAUUUUGAUGAAACUUGGCACAAAUUUAAAAUACGUUUUUCUAGGAUAUAUGCAAGACUCCUAGCUCGCGCUUUGCAAACACGACUGAGGUUUUCAAGUCAAACGUAGGCAAAAAAGUGAAAGCUUUUUACCGAAUUUUGGCAUGAAAAGUUUCAUCGCUGUUUCUACGGAAUAGGGUAAUGUUUCCCCCAAAAAAAAUAUUUUUUUCCGCACGAAGCUAGCAAAGAUAUGGCCAAAAAGUCUUGUUUUUCUCGGACCGCUCUCCGCCUUUUGCGCGCUCUCUCGUCGGUAAAAAAUUGUUGAACAUCUUGGCUGAAGCGCUUGACAUCAUUUGGUCUAUUUUUUGUUGCUUCCGGGUGGAUCUAAUUACCAGUCCAGUUUGCAAAACAUGCCUAAUCUAACAAAAGAACUCCUUAUCACUUCCCGGUAAACAAUGAGCUCUUAUCGCAAACUCUCGGUGAUUACAAGUCUUUGGAAACUAUUGCCACUCCUUCUCCGACCUAUCCCUUGCCCAUUUGGCUACAUAAACAACGAGAAAGUCAGCCAAGACAACCAUGAGUAAAUUUCUCAUCGCACUUUUGGCCGUCGCCGCCAACGCCGCACCCUUGCAGAAGGACGCCAAAAUUGCGGCACUCUUGCACGGAAUCGACACCACCGCCCCGCUGUCGGAUCAGCAGCUCGGCUGUCUGUUCCGCAGCGGAUUCACCGCCGGCUUCUUUCGGAUCGGCGUCAGAGGAGGGCCGGACACGGUGGGCGUGGAGAAUGUGAUCAAGGCUACGAAUGGUAAGACAUGAAAUGGAAAUAACGAAUUCUAGGGCUACAGAUUUACAGGGGAAGUAGGCCAAGUGCGCAGCUCAGCUUUUCUUCAAAUUUUGCGCACAUUUUGGGCAUAGGCUACAUAACAAUUGCUGAAAAUUUUAGCUUGAGCUUUGCCCAGUGUCGUGCGGAAAAAAUUGAUUUUUUUGUGGAAACACUACGGUAGAAAUAGGCAUGGGACUUUUCAUGCUAAAAUUCGCAGAAAGUGUCAUUUUUUUGCACAAUUUGCAAUAAAAAUCCCUGAUGUCCCGAAGCGCGCGGGCUAAAAAUCUGGUAUAUGUCUUUGAAAAAUGUAUUCUAAAUCUGUACCAAGAUCUGAGCGUCACACAAGUUUUAAACUGUUUCUUCACAGUACGAGCCAAAACUCGCACUUUGCAGCAAAGUUAAUAGAAAAUUUCUAGUAAAAACUUGUUGUAUCUUCAUCAAUUUUCGUAUAUUACCAAAAAUUUUGUUUCAGCCAAGCUUUCCUACGAAGUUUUUAUCGCCCCCAACCCGAGCCUCAAGCCCGAUUCCCAAUUUUCCUCAGCUUAUAACUACGCCAGAGGCAGGAAUCUGACUCCGAGCCGGGUCUGGCUUCAAGUCACUUCGCCCAUUUCAUGGGACCGUAAUCAGGCCAACAACAUCAGAUUUAUCGUUGAUUUUAUUCGAGCAGCUCAGGUAAGACAUUUUUUCAUCAAAAAAUGAGGGGUUUUUUGACACUAAUUUUUUUAUUUUCACAAAAUUUUUCUUAAAUUUGAACCAAAGUUUUAUCGUCAUAAAGUGCGUAGAAUUUUUGUCGCAUUGCCGUAAUCAUUAAGAUUUCAGCGCUCCAACAUCAAAGUCGGUCUCUACACCAACUGGUAUGACUACGAGCAAAUCACCGGCAACUCCAGGGCCAUCUCCAACACCGACAUUUGGUAUUGGCAUGUGAACGCACCCGGUCCCUAUGGUGAGCAGUCCCCCGAACACUCCGAUUACCGCCCGUUUGGCCCAUUUACUGGCGCCGCCAAGGCCAAACAAUACGCGAUUGGAGCGACCAAUUGCGGCGUGGUGCUGAACAAGGACUCUUUCCCGGCGAAUUUGAAAUUACAGCACCUUUAG